GGGAGUUGCAGUGAGGCGCUUAAAUUUUUUUGGACCGCGGCGUGUGCAUGUGUGUCUACGACAAUAAAAUGAUCAGUUCUGGCAGGGACGAGGUUAAAAGUUGCUUCGAUAUCGAGAUGUUUCGUGUGCCCCCCAUUUCUAUGGAUGACAUCCCUGAUAUGUUGCUGUCUACAAUUCCUAAGUGCGGCGGAUGUCAUGAGCUGAUCCUGGACAGAUUUAUCCUUAAGGUAGCUGAACGCACGUGGCACGCAAAAUGCCUUCAAUGCAGCGACUGUAGAAUUCAACUGACCGACAAGUGUUUUGCCAGGAACGGACAACUGUUUUGCAAGGAUGAUUUUUUCAAGUUCGGCACCAAGUGCGCCGGCUGCGAGCUGGGCAUCCCGCCCACGCAGGUCGUGAGACGGGCGCAGGACAACGUCUACCAUCUGCAGUGCUUCGCGUGCGUCAUGUGCGCCCGGCAACUCAACACCGGCGACGAGUUCUACUUGAUGGAGGACAGGAAGCUGGUCUGCAAGCCCGACUACGAAGCCGCCAAGUCCAAAGCUGCAGAAUGUUUAGAUGGAGACCAACCGAACAAACGACCGCGCACGACAAUAACAGCAAAACAACUAGAAACCCUGAAAACAGCUUACAACAACAGUCCAAAACCAGCAAGGCACGUUCGAGAACAACUCAGCCAAGACACAGGGUUAGACAUGCGAGUGGUCCAAGUUUGGUUUCAAAAUAGGAGAGCAAAAGAAAAAAGACUUAAGAAAGACGCUGGGCGUACAAGAUGGAGUCAAUACUUUAGAUCUAUGAAGGGAGGCUCUUCACCUAGACACGAUAAACUGUUAGAUAAGGACGAAAUGAAGGUUGAUCUGGAUAGUUUUAGUCACCAUGCUAAUAAGAACGCGUUUUCAGAUAUGAGCGAUGAUAGUUAUGGUACAGUUGUUAAUAUGAGUAUGGACCAAGAUGGGUCUUCUCCUCACAGCGGUAUUGGAAGACCAUCAUUUCUUCAUGGGACAGCCUCACCUUCCUAUUUACCUGGACAUACGCCUCCACAUGGGCAUGAACCUUAUCCUUACCCAGACCAACUCUCAGUAUAUGCAAGCAUAGGGCAAGGGGGUCACCACCCAGGGCUGUCCAUACCCCACGGAAUGCCCCCCGGGGCAGAUACGGACAUCAGUAACGACAGUAGCGCGCGAGGUUAUCCAGAUUUCCCCCCUAGUCCCGACUCGUGGCUGGGGGAGCCGUCCAGCGCACACUACUGACCCCCCAAACACCCCCACUCGAAAAUUACGACAAUUAUAUUUAUAUACAUUUCCAAAAAACUAUAUUGUUGCGUUAAACUUGCGUAUACCGUGGUGUUCCCUGUGAUCAGUUUUAGAAUCGUAUGAAAAACAUGUUUUGACUUGAUAUGACGUCCCUUUACACAACAUAUACUUUUGAGUUUUAUGGAAGCCAUGAAAGAGUGUCUGGUGCACAAAAUUUAUCACUGCAGUCAAUUUGAAUAGCGGCAGUUCUGUACAAAAAUGAUGAUGAUUUAUUUGUCUCUAUUUAUCUCGAAAAAAGUAAAAAAGUUUCGCUGUGUACAGUUAUUAUUGUUCUAGUCAAGAAAUUUAAAAGAGAUGAUGAUAUUGAAUAUAGGUGUCUGUUUUAAAUUCUAG